AUGUCCAGUGAUUUUCGUGAAGCAUUGUUGGAUUAUGUUCUUAAGAAAAGUCGUCCGGGAAAUGCUACUAGUGUCAUCAAUGCUAUUGACGAAUACGGUUGGACUCAAGUAGCAGUCAUGAAUAUUGGCGAUACAAAAGGCAAAAUUCUCGAUGCGGCUCUACAAUCUCGACAACCAAAAACAGUCCUUGAACUCGGUACUUUUCUUGGCUACAGUUCAUUGCGCAUGGCUUCUCAACUACCCGAAGAUACAUUGAUUGUCACUAUCGAUGUCGAUCCUGCCUCGAUAGCUACUGCUCGACGCAUUCAUGAACAUGCUGGUGUUACAAAUCGCAUACAAAUUGUCCUCAAUCCAACCUAUCAAUCUAUUCCCUAUUUGAGUAAAAAAUUCCAUAUUGAUUCAUUUGAUUUUAUCUUCAUUGAUCAUGAUAAAGCGGACUAUUUAAGUGAUUUGAAACUACUCGAAGAUGUCGGUUUGAUCAAACCCGGUACAAUGAUUGUUGCUGAUAAUAUUAUCUUUCCUGGUGCACCUGACUAUGUGAACUAUAUUCGAAAUAAUCCACAUUAUACAUCGACGUUUCAUGAAUCAACUCUCGAAUAUGACAACAAUGUUCGUGAUGGAGUCGAAGUUUCAAUACGACAAUAG